UGGGAUUCUUUGGACAUCAGUCCUCUCAUUUUCUGGCAACCUAAAGCAUGGCGUCUAAGAUUUUCGUCGUGGCUGCUGUAGUGGCCGUCGCUUCAGGCGAUCUUUCUCCAUCCUACAAUCCUCCAGCUCCAGCCUAUAAUGCUCCAGCUCCAUCCUACAACGCUCCAGCUCCAUCUUACAAUGCUCCAGCUGCAUCCUACAACGCUCCAGCUCCAGCCUAUAAUGCUCCAGCUCCACCCUACAAUGCUCCCGCUCCUUCUUACAGUGCCCCAGCCCCUUCAGCUCCUGCCCCGUACAACUUUGAGUGGAAAGUGAAGGACGACUACUCCCGCAACGAGUAUGGCCACAAUGAAGGUCGUAAUGGCUACGACACUGAAGGAAACUACUACGUUCUUCUUCCCGACGGUCGUUUGCAGAGGGUUACCUACACCGUGAACGGUGACUCCGGCUACGUUGCUCAAAUCGAAUACGAGGGUGAGGCCCAGUACCCAGCCCAUCAGCCCUCCCCCAGCUACCAGCCCGCUCCCAGCUACCAGCCCGCUCCCAGCUACCAGCCCGCUCCCAGCUACCAGCCCGCUCCCAGCCACAUCUUCGUUGUGGUUGCCCUAGUGGCCGUCGUCUCAGCAGACCUUCCUAUUUCCCACAAUCCUCCAGCUCCAUCCUACAAUGUUCCAGCUCCGUCCUACAAUGUUCCAGCUCCGUCCUACAACGCUCCAGCUCCGUCCUACAACGCUCCAGCUCCGUCCUACAACGCUCCAGAUCCGUCCUACAACGCUCCAGCUCCGUCCUACAACGCUCCGGCCCCAACAGGUCCUGCUCAGUACAACUUUGACUGGGUAGUGAAGGACGACUACUCCGGCAACGACUUUGGCCACAAUGAAGCUCGUAAUGGCUACGACACUGAGGGAUACUAUUACGUUCAGCUUCCCGACGGUCGUCUGCAGAGGGUUACAUACACCGUGAACGGCGACUCCGGCUACGUGGCUCAAGUUGAAUACGAGGGCGAGGCCCAUAACCAAGUUCAUCAAAAUGCUUCACCCAUUGAUACAAUGCGUCCAGAUGCUUCACCCACUGUUACAACACCCCCGGAUGCUUCACCCACUGUUACAACACCACCGGAUGCUUCACCCACUGUUACAACACCCCCGGAUGCUUCACCCACUGUUACAACACCCCCGGAUGCUUCACCCACUGUUACAACACCCUUGGAUGCUUCACCCACUGUUACAACACCCUUUGAUGCUUCACCCAUUGAAGCAACACCUCCAGAUGCUUCACCCAUUAAAGCAACACAUCCAGAUGCUUCACCCAUUGAUACAACACUACCACAUGCUUCACCCACUGUUACAACACCCCCGGAUGCUUCACCCACUGUUACAACACCCUUGGAUGCUUCACCCACUGUUACAACACCCUUUGAUGCUUCACCCAUUGAAGCAACACCUCCAGAUGCUUCACCCAUUGAUACAACACCUCCAGAUGCUUCACCCAUUGAUACAACACUACCACAUGCUUCACCCACUGUUACAACACCCCCGGAUGCUUCUCCCACCGUUAAAACACCCUUGGAUGCGUCACCCACUGUUACAACACCCUUUGAUGCUUCACCCAUUGAAGCAACACCUCCAGAUGCUUCACCCAUUGAAGCAACACCUCCAGAUGCUUCACCCAUUGAUACAACACUACCACAUGCUUCACCCACUGUUACAACACCCCCGGAUGCUUCACCCACUGUUGGAUACACUGUUACAACACCCUUUGAUGCUUCACCCAUUGAAGCAACACCUCCAGAUGCUUCACCCAUUGAAGCAACACCUCCAGAUGCUUCACCCAUUGAUACAACACCUCCAGAUGCUUCACCCAUUGAUACAACACUACCACAUGCUUCACCCACUGUUACAACACCCCCGGAUGCUUCUCCCACCGUUAAAACACCCUUGGAUGCUUCACCCACUCUAUUCUUCGUGACAGCCCUUGUGGUUGUGGCCUCAGCCGACAACCUCCCCUCCUACAACCCUCCACCUCCAACUCCCUCCUACAACCCUCCAACACCCUCUUACAACCCUCCACGUCCCUCCUACAAUGCCCCGGCCCCAUCUGGUCCUGCCCAGUAUAACUUCAACUGGGCAGUGAAGGACGAGUACUCCGGUAACGACUUCGGCCACGAGGAAACACGUAAUGGCUACGACACUCAGGGAUCCUAUUACGUUCUUCUACCCGACGGUCGACUGCAGAGAGUUAACUACAAUGUGAACGGCGACUCCGGCUAUGUGGCUCAAGUCGACUACGAGGGCGAGGCUCAGUACCCAGCCCACCAGCCAGCCCCCAGGUACCAGCCCACUCCCAGCUAUCAGCCCACUCCCAGCUAUGCUUAACAAUAUCACAGACUGAAUAUCGAUAAUUAUUUACAAUGAUGUGCACAGAAUUGUUUAACUUAUUGAGAAACAAUAAACAUUUUCAAGAA